UCAUCAUCUCGUGGCCGUUGUGUAUAUUUUGAUGAUAGACAACUGCUGACAGCUGACUCUCCAUUUAAUCUGAACACGCCGAGGCUGAAUAUCACGGUGCGUCCAUCUCUGUCUUAAACCAAAGCGGUGUGCAAGUGGUGUUUUAACGUUAAGUCCCUUCAGCAGAGAUUGAAGAAUAGAGCUCUUCCCGACAGACUUGUUUUAUCUCUCAACCCAUAAUAAACACCGGUCUAACAUAUAAACAUUGAAUUAUAGGCGACGCCAUGGUAUUCGUUCUUGACCAAACACACACACACGUCGCACACACAGACAGUUGGAGGGUCGUGCGGUGCGCGUCAUAAGCCUGUGGCAGCAGUGUAGCUGAGCGGAAACCCCUCCCGAAUCCCAACUCAACUCCUCCAGCCCCAGUCAAAGAAAGAGGAAUACCGAAGAAUCAGGAAACACGGAUAAAUACCACAAUACUCCAUUACAUAACAAUGCAGACCUGAGUGAUACUCCCCAUUGAGUAAGAGAGAGAGAGACCGCGUGCAUUGCAAGUAAGAUGGGGUUCGGUCGGGACUUGCGGAACUCACAUGAGGGUCUGAUGAAGCUGCAGGACUGGGAGCUGAAGCUACUGGAGACGGUUAAGCGCUUUAUGACCCUGCGGGUAAAGAGCGAUAAGGAAUAUGCCUCGCUCCUGCUCAACAUCAGCCAGCAGGUGGACAAACAUGACAACUCCUCUCAAAUCCACUAUGUCAGCAGUGUCUCCAAGUCGUGGACUCACAUGGUGCAGCAGACAGAGCACUUAAGCAAGAUCAUGAAGUCCCAUGCGGAGGAACUCAACUCAGGACCACUGCAUCGCCUCACCAUGAUGAUCAAAGACAAGCAGCAGGUGAAGAAGAGUUACCAAAGCCUCCAUCAGCAGAUAGAGUCUGAGAUGAACAAGGUGACCAAAAGUGAUCUGGAAAAGUUGAAAUACACCUACAGGCAGUUAACAAAGGACGCUGUUUUCGCACGAGAGAAAUACAAAGAGGCUGUGGUUAAAGGAAAAGAGACAGACAAAGCCCGCGAGCGUUACGACAAAGCCACCAUGAAGCUACAUAAUCUGCACAACCAGUACGUGCUGGCGGUGAGGAGCGCGCAGCUACAUCAGGAGCAUCACCACGAGACCGCCCUGCCACUGCUGCUGGACUCCCUGCAGAAGAUGCAGGAGGAGAUGAUCAGUGCACUUAAGUGGAUUCUGGAGGAGUACAGUGACAUCACCAGCCUGUUAACAGACGAAAUCGUAAAGGUUCACAAGGAAAUCCACACCUCCAUUGACCAAAUCGAUCCACUGUCAGAGUAUGACAACUUUAUUGAACUUAAUAGAUCACCAGAAACCAAAGAACCAAAUGUAGAAUUUGACGUAACGCUGUUAGAGGAAACGGAGAAUCUUCAAGCACAUGAAAUUCUGUGGAAUAAUUUGACAGCAGAGAGUUUACAAGCAAUGCUGAAAUCCACCUCCGAGGACCUGCUCCUAACCCAGCAAAGUCUACGCAGCAAAGAGGACCUCAUGCUGGACCUGGAGGCCAAAAUAGAGGAAUCUGCCAAAACCUAUGACAAGAAAUCAGAUGUGGUGUUGUUACUCAGUCAGAAACAAUCACUGGAGGAGUUAAGACAGACGGUCCAGCUGCUGCGCUGCUCGGAGGCCAAACUCACGGGGCAGAGAGAUUUGCUGGAAAAGAAGAUGCAGGAAAACGAGGGCAAAGAACCUCCACCAGUGGUCAAUUACGAGGAGGACGCUCGCUCCGUCAACUCAAUGGAUAAAAGCAAAGACAGGAUAUCAAAGUUUGAUACUCUCAGACACUCCAUCGCUGGAAUCAUCCGCUCACCGAAGUCUGUACUGGGCUCCUCAUCCUUUUUUGACGUGAUCCCCACCAGUGAGAAACCGCUGGGCGAGCAGGAGUGGUAUCACGGUGCCAUUCCCAGGACGGAGGCUCAGGAGUUGCUGAAGCAGCAGGGAGACUUCCUGGUGCGCGAGAGCCACGGCAAACCAGGAGAAUACGUGCUGUCGGUGUUCUCAGAUGGACAGCGCAGACAUUUCAUCAUUCAGUUUGCUGAUAACCAGUACAGAUUUGAAGGCACUGGCUUCCCCACCAUCCCACAGCUCAUAGAUCAUCACUACACAACCAAACAAGUCAUAACCAAGAAAUCUGGCGUUGUGCUUUUGAACCCUGUCGUAAAGGAUAAGAAAUGGAUCCUCAAUCACGAAGAUGUCAUUCUUGGAGAGCUCCUUGGCAAAGGAAACUUUGGUGAGGUUUUCAAAGGAACAUUGCGAGAUAAAACCCCAGUGGCAGUAAAAACCUGUAAGGAAGAUCUACCACAAGACCUCAAGAUAAAGUUCCUCUCAGAAGCCAGGAUCCUGAAGCAGUAUGAUCACCCCAACAUUGUGAAGUUAAUAGGCGUCUGUACCCAACGGCAGCCCAUUUACAUAGUAAUGGAACUCGUACCAGGUGGGGACUUUUUAUCAUUCUUGCGAAAGAAGAAGGAGGAUCUCAAGACGAAACAGCUGGUGAAAUUCGCAUUGGAUGCCGCUGGAGGAAUGGCAUACCUGGAGCUCAAGAACUGCAUACACAGAGAUCUGGCUGCUCGGAACUGCCUCGUAGGAGAAAACAACGUGCUAAAGAUCAGUGAUUUUGGGAUGUCCCGGCAGGAGGACGACGGCAUCUAUUCCUCAUCCGGCUUGAAACAGAUCCCGAUCAAGUGGACUGCACCAGAAGCAUUGAAUUAUGGGAGAUACAGCUCAGAGAGUGAUGUGUGGAGCUAUGGGAUCCUCCUAUGGGAAACCUUUAGUCUAGGAGUGUGUCCUUACCCGGGCAUGACCAACCAGCAGGCUCGAGAACAGGUGGAGAAAGGUUACAGAAUGUCCUGCCCGCAAAAAUGCCCAGACGAGGUGUACAAAAUCAUGCAGAGGUGUUGGGAGUACAAGCCCGAAAACCGCCCCAAAUUUGCAGACAUUCAGAAAGAACUGGCGUCUAUCAAGAAAAAAUAGCCUUUAAUAAAGACGAUGGGUCGAGAGGCCAAACCUGCGCUUCACAUCCAGGUGAUCUGUAACCUACAGAGAGAAACACAGCAAACGUUUCACCCUCUAAAUCACAUGCUAUUAUUGUACUAAAGAGUACUCUGCAUCACAUUAUCACUGUGUGAACUGCCUAUGCACCAGCUGUUUUGAGCCAUUAGCAUGGAGAGAGGACUCCGAUGUCAAUAUUAUGCAGAAUUCCCAUGAUUUUUGUCUUGUAAAUAGCCACAGAGCAACAGUUAAGCUAUGGAAGAAUGCCAUCGUCCAGGAUGGGAUGUCAGGAUGCCAUUGAGUAUUUCCACUUAAGUAAAUCAAGUUGGGUGAAAGCUAAAAUAUAUAUUUUAUGUCCUAAACCUGUUGAUGGUUUGGGCUGUUUUAUAGUGAUUUUUUCUGGAGUGAUAGGACCUCUUUGGAAGCAAAUAUGUUGUUUGUAAAUGAGAUCACGUACAUAAGAAGACUAUGGCGUUUAAUUUCAGCACUCAUCAAGCAAUAAGACCAAAUGGAUGGGUGUACCAAAGUGCAAUUUAUGACAAAAACAUUACACUGCAGUCAGGUGGCCUUAGCUUAUAAACCAAACUGUUUCGCCAGCCUGCUUGCUCGUGUGUUGUUUUAAGGACCAUUUGAAUGACGCUAACACAGCAUCACACAUACAGUUUACAAGCUUUCCCAUUUAUUUGAAAUCUAUACAGUUCAACAUUUCACCUCUUCCUGAUUCACACUUUAAAAGAAAUCAUCUCUCAUCAUUUACUGACCUUCAUAUUGCUCCAAACCCGUAUGAUUUUUUUCUUGCACAGAACACAAAAGAUGUUUCGCAGAAUGUUCAAGAUGUUUUUUUUUUAAUAAACGGGACUGAUGCUCCAAAAAGGAUGCCAUGUGGCAUAUGAGACAUCACCUUAAGCUCGGUCCAAAACUGACUCUUGGAUUCUCUUAAUGGAAAGCACGUUGGGUAACCAGCAACCAAAGCCAGUCACAUGCACAUUUGUAUCUAUGCGAUGGUCUUAGAUUCAUGUUCUUGUGCUGUGUUACUGCUCUUAUCAGGUUGCAAACAACCCUUGUUGAUGUAUUUACCUGCGUAAGUAUUACAAGGUUGAAAACGAUUUGUUUUGUAUUAGGACUUUUUGUAACUUUCUUUGGCCAUUUUCGAAGGGUGCCAUUGGUUUUUCUCACUCAUGAGCAUCUCACCAGCAUACUGCAGACUUUCCUCCGAUUCACAUAAUUUUGUCGUUCCGUUUGCAUGAUAAAAUGGAAUAGUGGUUUCUUCAAGGUUUUCUCUUUAAUAAGCAUUCCUUUUUGUAUUUUGUAAAUACUUUUUGUAGAUUCAGUAAUGUAAUAAGUUUGUAGGUGUUUUUUUGUUUUAUUCACUGCAGGAAUUAAUGAUAUUAGAUUGUGGACGUCUUUCAGGAAUACGUCUCAUCUUUGUUUUUGACGACUUUUACAGUAGCGAUGAAGACCCAGAUCAACACUCCUCUAAUAUUUGCACAUUUGGAUGAUGUAAAGAGGGUCCUAUAGGAUCAACUGCGUUACUCUGAGUCUGCAAGAUUUUUCUUUUCUGCUCCAAAGAUGUUGCCAUUACUCUAUUGUAGCCAAAAGUGGUGGCAGGUCAUACAGAAAGCUACUGUUUAGUGCAGUUUUGGCUCGUAUAUUCGCAUUAUAGAUCUUCCGAGUGGGUUAAGAUAAAAGUUAUUGGUAUAUAGUUUGGUUUUUUGGGUGAAACUGAGCUUGCAUCAAUUAAACUACUGGCGAGUGAGCUCUUAGGAUUUUCCGCCUUUUAACAUCAUAGCAACUAUCCCUAUAGUGUGUUGUUUGUUUCUUUUUUAUUUAUUUGAAAUACUGUAAUAUUAUUCUAGCAUUUUAAUCCUUUUUGUACCAUUUACCAUAACUCCUACUGUUAGUGUAUUAAAGCAAACGCCAGUAUUUGUCUCGUAUAUUGAAAGGUGUGUUAUUGAGAGCCAAGAUUUAUGUUUCUCUUGUCUGACUUGCACAUAGAUCGUUCCAUCAGAAAAAAAUAUAUUGUAUUGCUAGAACGACAGUAAAUACUUCCUAAAUUACGCUUUUGUGUAAAUUAUAAGUAAAUUGCCAUUAAUAUUCACAUCUUGCCAUCUUCCCAAACUCCGCUCUGUUCCGGACUAUUUAUUUCUGUGAUAAAAGUUAUAUAUUAAUUGCACUUUUGGCCUUUUUAUGCUUAAAAAUACCCCCUUAUAUUAAACAGCGUAGUACUGUUGUAAUGUUCAUCUUGAAUUGGUUAAAGUCAUAUUGAACAAGAGUAAAAAAGCAACACUGGAAUUUCGAUUGUCAAACUAAUGCGUAUAGUGAUUAGUUUCACUCCAUCCACCUAAAGAAGAAAUAUGGAAAAUAAAUGGUUGCCAUUUAGAUUUGAUGUUUGAUCCUUUGUCCAUGUCAUUUUUUGCAUCUGUGUCUGUUCUAUCGUAGCACAUCUCUGAUGGACAUUCAGCUAUAACAAUGUCGGCUCAUUGUUUAUAUUGUACACUUGCAAUAAAGUUUUUUGAGUCUUUUAA